AUGUAUUUUAUUCAAUCAAAAUCAUAAUUUAUUCCUUAUUAUCUUAAAUUUAGGAUUAUUACUUUGGAUAAGUUUUAACAAUAAAUUAUGGGGUUGUAAGAUUCUUGUUGUACUUUAUAUCCUAAAGGUUAUAAUUUAAGUUCUUAAAAGUUUAAUAUGAUUUUUAAUUUCGUCUAUCCUCAUAUGAUGUUAUAUUUAAUGAAACUACUGUAAUUAUUUACUUCAAUCCUACUUAUAAUCAAGAUAUAGUUCUUCGAUUAUAAAUUUAAUGUAAUAGUGUUUCAGUCCCUUUAUAUGAAGAGACUCCACCUUUAUAAAUUUAUAAUUAUGUCACAAAUUAUUAAUUAUAGGUGGGCAGAAAACAUUUCCUUGUCAAUGAGCGACUUUUAAAUUAAAUUUCUGGUUGAUGUAUUCUUUGUGAUAUGUUUUAAAAUUAAUAUUAAGUAUCUUGGGUAGCACAAAACUGUAGUUAUAAAGAUGAUUCAAUAAUAACAUCUUUAGAAUCAAGUAAGAUAGAAUUAAGAGAGCAUUAUUGGAGAGCAUAUUAUUAUAGUAAAACUAUUGAACAUUGUUAUCAAUUGGUAGAGAAUUGCAAAAGGUGGUUGGAAACCUGGAGAUGAAUCAUGUAUAAUAGGAUAUGUUGUAGCUUUAUGUGAGAUGUGUGAUUUAUAUAAUUCAAGAGAAAGUAGAUCUUAUUCUGUAAGUUCAGCAGAUUCAAGUGGAAGUUGUGAUUUAAUAGCUUAUAAUGUUAUUACAAUAAUAUUUGUGAGUCUUUGGACUUUGAUUUCAACUUUAAUGUCAAUAAGUAGCACUAUAGAAAUGAUUGAGGAAUUUGUUAAAGGUAUAAGCUUGAAGGAGUUUGGAGUUAGAGUAGCAAUAAAAGAAGCUCAAACUGCUAUUCUUAUCAAAGUAUUCACAAAUUAUCUUCAAAUCAUUUCAACUAUUUCUAACUUUUAAUUCCAAGUACCAGCAAGAUUAGCUUCAGUUAGUUGUCAAUACUGUUAAUAAUCUUAUUGA